AGGAAAAAAAGAAGUUCAUUAUGCUAGGUAAAUUCUUUUAUUAAGUAUACAUUAUUAGAGAAAAAGAUAGGUUCAUUAUAUUAGGUAAAUUGUUUUACUAGGUACAUUAUUAUAACAAAGUUGGUGAAGGUAGGUGGAGGCAAUGAAGCUUGACAGAAGUUGAUAGACUCGACAAAAUUAAUGGAGACAAUGAAGGCCAAUUAACAGCUAUGCUUAAUUUAUAAUUACCCGUUCCAAAAUAAAAAGAAAUCUUGUAUCCUUUUUUCAUGAAUCAUGGUAUGAUUGGUUAUUGAUAUAUAAUGAUAUUUGUAAAAGUUAAUAAUCAACCGUCUGGGUGGUGUAGUUGGUUAUCACGUUAGUCUCACACACUAAAGGUCCCCGGUUCGAACCCGGGCUCAGACACUUUUUUCAAAUUUCUAUUUUUUAAUUUUUAAUUUUUAAUUUUUUUUCAGUUGAUUACUGAUGGGCCUGAGAUUGGAGCAGGAUUACAUGAAAACCGCCCAAAAAGCACAUGUGAUACCCAUCACCCAGUCAUGUGCAACAGUUGGAAAGCAAAAGUAAACGCGCGCGCACAAACGACGAAUUAAGAGGCGCGUGGCGGUACAGCUGGCGAACUUAUACCGGUCAGUCUCUCGUUCUCUGUGUUCCUUCCAAUUUACGAAAAGCAACGUCUAGGGCUCGUCUCUGCGUCAGUUUCAGAGCUCUCCAGAGACCUCGAGCCCGUAAUCUCAAUCCAAGUCUCUGCCCUCCGACUCUCUGAGCUACAAAGCAGAGCUUCUCUCUCGCUUCCUUUGUGUUAGGGUUUUCUUCUCAAUGGACGAGUCCUACGCUGGCCUCCCUACCAGCCAUUUACUCGGCUCAGUCCCUGCUGUCGUAAGUGAAGAUAAAGAUAAGAAUACCACAAGCUAUGAAGCACCUGAAGCUAACUUGCAAAUCUUCCCCCCAAAUAAUGGAGGAGAGAAAGGGCGUGGUUAUCAAACUGUUGGAAGUACAAGUGAAACAUUUGAACAACAACCGGCGAACAACUGGAGAGGAGUAUUUAAUAUCUCAUCAUACACACAAUACUUCAAUGUGGAUACAGACGUUGUCCUAAACAGAUUGCUUAGUUCUUUAUAUCCCCAUGGUGGAGAUUUUUUCAGCAAAAUUGAUGCCAACCCUGAUUUAUAUGGGCUAAUCUGGAUCUCCACUACGUUAGUGUUUGUGCUUGCUGCACUUGGAAACUGUGCCACCUACCUCAUGGAAAAGCACAGUGAUAGCAGUACUUCUUGGGCCUUUAAUGUCAGUUACAUGAAUUUGGCAGCUUUUUCAGUCUACGGUUAUGCAAUUUUGGUGCCAUUGGCAUUUUAUUUCUUGCUUCACUAUCUGGGCUCAAAUGCCAGCCUUGUUCGAUUUUGGUGUAUGUGGGGAUACUCUCUCUUCAUAUUUGUUUUAGCCUCUUUUUUGUUGCUUAUCCCGGUUGAGGCUUUUCGGUGGAUCAUUAUAAUUCUUGUUGGUGCUGCCUCCUCAUGCUUUGUUGCCUUCAAUCUCAAGACUUAUAUCGAAGGGAAUGAUGUUGUGGUGAUCGCCGCAUUUCUCUUGCAACUGGCUCUGGCAAUCUUCUUUAAGGUCUACUUCUUUCCGUGAGCAUUUCUAAGUGCAGUCAGUCUCUGAAUUCUGAAUUUCAAACAACCACAUUCACUUGAUUUCGGGGUAUUUGAUUUAGACAUUGACUGGAAUGGCACUUCUCUAGAGGUGGGUUUUCCUGUGUAUUCAAAUUACUCACUUGGUUGUAUUGUAAGUUCAUUGAAGAGCUCGUGACAUGGCCGGGUUUAAAUUUUUUGAAGAGAUAAAAGUGUGGCUCUAAUGAGUAGGACUUAGUUUGUAUGGUUUUGUAUUGGCUUAAGUAGAGAGAGCAUAUAUUGAUAUUUGUAUUUCACGCUUUUCUCAAUCUUAGAAUUUUUCUCCAUCAAACCUGAGUCUGUAAAUAAAUAAGGUCUUCAGAGAAAUUGUUGUGGUAAUUUUCACAUCAAGUUUAUUUCUUA